GGAUCAGCUGUAUAGUCUGAAGAGCAUCAGUAAAGAUCAGCAUUAAGUCUCCUUUUCCAGUGCUUUAGCAGUGAGUACCCUUGAGAAGCAGGAAGAUGAUGAGUGACGCAAGUGACAUGCUGGCUGCAGCUUUGGAACAGAUGGACGGCAUUAUAGCAGGUUCCAAGGCUUUGGAGUAUUCCAAUGGUAUAUUUGAUUGUCAGUCCCCUACCUCCCCAUUCAUGGGGAGCCUGCGAGCACUGCACCUUGUGGAGGAUUUGCGUGGUUUAUUAGAGAUGAUGGAAGCGGACGAAAAAGAAGGACUGCGAUGUCAGGUCCCAGAUUCAACAGCAGAAGCUUUGAUUGAAUGGCUCCAAAGCCAAAUGACUAAUGGACAUAUAUCUGGUAAUGAAGAUGUAUAUCAAGAAAGGCUAGCGCGUCUGGAAAAUGACAAGGAAUCUCUUGUUCUGCAAGUAAGUGUACUUACUGACCAGGUGGAAGCACAAGGAGAAAAGAUUCGAGAUUUAGAGUUCUGCCUAGAGGAGCACAGGGAGAAGCUGAAUGCCACAGAAGAGAUGCUGCAGCAGGAACUUCUGAGUAGAACAUCCCUUGAAACUCAGAAAUUGAACCUUAUGGCAGAAAUUUCCAAUUUGAAGCUAAAGCUAACCGCUGUAGAGAAGGACCGAUUAGACUACGAAGACAGAUACGGAGACACAGAGUCACUCCAUAACGUAAUAGCAGAACUCAGACAACAGAUGGAGAAAGUGGAGGUGGAACUAACACUGUUCCAGGAAAAGAGGUUACAGUAUGGGGAUCAAGAGGGUUUGAUGCAGGAAAUCAAUGAAUUACGGUUAAGAGUGGGAGAGAUGGAUAAUGAAAGACUUCAGUACGAGAAGAAGCUUAAAUCCACCAAAUCUUUAAUGGCCAAACUUUCUAGCAUGAAAAUCAAAGUGGGUCAGAUGCAGUAUGAAAAGCAGCGGAUGGAGCAAAAAUGCCAGAUAUUAAAGGAUGAACUGGCAUCUUUGAAAGAAAAAUUGGAACAGAAGGAAGCAGAAGUAAGAAAGUUACAAGAAAAAUUGGUGUGCAAGAUGAAAGGAGAAGAAGUUGAAAUAACGGACAGAGAUGAAAAUUGUAAAAAGAAGCUCAAAGACAAAAAUAUAGAGGUACAGAAAAUGAAGAAGGCUGUGGAGUCUCUAAUGGCAGCGAAUGAAGAAAAGGAUCGGAAGAUAGAAGAGCUGCGACAAUCCCUGAAUCGGUAUAAGAAAGUGCAAGACAUGGUAAUAUUGGCUCAGGGGAAAAAAGGCAAAGAAGGCGAAUGUGAAGAAUUUUUAAAUUCAGGAUCUGUUUCAGCGGUUUUAUUGGACAUGCAGAGUUUAACUGAUCAAGAGAAAAGCCCAUCUCCUGUCCCAGUAAUCAGCUCUCCAAGCCAUGAAGAGUUUAACACUACUGUUCCCGAAGAGAACUCACUACAAAUUCACACCAGCAUCUUGCAAGUUUCAAUCCCUGCUUUUCCACCAGCACCCGAAAGCCCAGAAGCAGCUACCGAAAAAAUAAAAGCACAGCCUAAACCAGAAGUUGCAAGUGAAGUGAGUGAAGGGACAACAUCAUGUUCCUCCGUAGAAACACAGCCAUGUGACAGUCCAUUAGUGUCAGCCCUGCAAAAAUCCAGCAGUCUGGGCAAUUUGAAGAAAGAGGCAUCAGAAGUGGACAAAGAACCUGUACAGAAACCAGCAGAGACUAAAGCUCCCAUGGAAGGUAACAAGGGUGGAACCCUUCCUCCAAAAUCCCCAAGCCAUAGUGGUACCGGAGAUGAGGACAGUUUUGGUACCCGAAAAGCCAGAUCUUCAUUUGGACGAGGCUUUUUCAAGAUAAAAAAUAACAAGAGGACAGCAAGUGCACCUAAUUUGGAUCGCAGUCGAAGUGCAAGUGCACCUACGUUAGCUGAAACAGAAAAGGGAUCUGCAGAUCACUUGGACCUAGCUGGUUUGCCCCCUCGACCGAAAGAAACUGAUAGUGGGCAGCUGUCUCCCUCUUCUCCAGACUCCAAGAAGAAAGCCAGAGGAAUCAAGAAACUAUUUGGAAGGCUUAAAAGGAGCCAGUCUACCACAUUUAACCCGGAUGAUAUGUCUGAGGCAGAGUUCAAAAGAGGAGGGACAAGAGCGACUGCAGGACCAAGACUGGGCUGGUCUCGAGAUCUUGGGCAGUCUAACAGUGACCUGGAUAUGCCAUUUGCUAAAUGGACAAAGGAGCAAGUUUGCAACUGGCUCCAGGGCCAGGGUUUAGGUUCAUACAUGAAUCAUGGCAAACACUGGAUACUGUCUGGGCAGACUCUCUUGCAAGCUUCUCAGCAGGAUCUGGAAAAGGAACUUGGAAUAAAGCAUCCACUGCAUCGGAAGAAACUUCAGCUCGCUCUUCAGGCCCUGGGGUCAGAAGAAGAAAACAAUCAUGGAAAACUGGAUUACAACUGGGUUACCAGGUGGUUGGAUGAUAUUGGACUUCCCCAGUAUAAGACUCAAUUUGAUGAAGGAAGGGUGGAUGGUCGAAUGCUCCAUUACAUGAGCGUUGAUGACUUGCUGUCCUUGAAAGUUGUUAGUGUCCUUCACCAUCUUAGCAUUAAAAGAGCCAUCCAGGUCCUGAGAAUAAAUAACUUUGAACCCAACUGUCUGCGCAGGAGGCCGUCUGAUGAGAACAACAUCACCCCAUCAGAGGUUACUCAGUGGACCAAUCACCGUGUAAUGGAGUGGUUACGCUCAGUUGACCUAGCAGAAUAUGCACCUAAUUUGAGAGGGAGUGGUGUGCAUGGUGGACUUAUGGUCUUGGAACCUCGUUUUAAUGUGGAAACCAUGGCACAGUUGCUGAACAUCCCACCAAACAAGACACUGCUGAGACGCCAUUUGGCAACCCAUUUCAAUUUACUGGUUGGUCAGGAUGCCCAACAUCAAAAGCGUGAAGCCAUGGAAUCGCCAGACUAUGUCCUUUUAACUGCUACUGCCAAAGUGAAGCCAAAAAAGCUUGCCUUCAGCAAUUUUGGAAGUCUGAGAAAGAAGAAGCAGGAUGAUGUGGAAGAGUAUGUGUGCCCAAUGGAACUGGGACAGGCAUCUGGAAGUGGAUCUAAGAAAGGAUUUAAGGCUGGCUUGGAUAUCCGAGUGUAUGACGAUGACGAUUUGGAUAGACUGGAGCAGAUGGAAGAUUCAGAAGGGACAGUGAGGCAAAUAGGAGCAUUCUCUGAAGGCAUCAACAACUUGACACACAUGUUAAAAGAAGACGAAAUGUUUAAAGACUUUGCUACUUGCUCUCCUAGCGCCAGUAUAACAGAUGAAGAUUCAAAUGUGUGACAGUAACUGCCGAAUACCAAUAAAGAAUUCAAUUUCGUAUAUGCUAGGAACAUCAUCGUUAUAUGUGAUGGGCAGCAGAUCAUGUACAUUACAUUGCUCUUGCUUCUGUUUGUUAGAAGUGAUAUUUUUGGGUGGAUAAGGAGAAAAGGUGCCUAUUCUAAAGUUGCCAUAAAAGAUAAACCAACCAGACACUGGUGAGUGGUAGUAUAAUUGUUUUUACUAUAUUUAAUGUACAAACCUGUGACAUAUAUUCCAAAGUAUUGCAUUUACAAUUUGCUACCAUAAUGCUCUUUAUGUUUAUUCAUGUAGUGAAAUGUACUGUUUCAAAAUAAUAUGAAACAUGUAACUUGUAAAUAACCUGCGUCCGCAUUCAGUGUGGCUUUCAGCUGAAAAAAAGAUAUCACUGGUGUCCUAUUUUAAUAGAUAUGUCCAAAGUAAAUACCAGUUAUUUCUUUUGGUAUCCAGGUCCCACUGCCCUACACAAAACUCAAGGUAACUCUUGACUGUUGCUGUCUUAUUUUUAUACUGUUUUAUAUAAAAAAAAUUAUAUGAAGUGCAUGUAAAGCAGAAAUUUUAUUUUGUGACAUAAAGUGGUGAAAGGUUCAAUUGUUUUUUUAAAGGGAUGAUCCCAGUUUGCAAACCAGCUGGUUACUGGAAAAGUCGUACUGACCUUUGAACUGUUUGCUUCCUUUCAUUUUUAAUUUUUGCUAAGUGUUGUCAACAUUUUUAGGUUUGGGAUGAAGCUAUUGUGAAAUGUAGAUCUGCUUGCAUCACAUUUCUAAAUCUGUAAUAUCUGAAAUUUCUCUACUUUUCUUUUUUCCUCCAGCAGCAGCUAUUAACAUUAAAAUAAGGUUUUAAUGGUUUUAAAAAUAUUCUGGAAAAUUCACAGCUUGAAAUUGAGGAAUGCUCAGUGUGGAGAAGGAUAUUUGUGUUGUGUUUCCAAUAGGAUGGCUUGUAUAGUUGCAAAAGUUAUGUAGAGAAACAUAUAGGAAAUGUAUAAUUUCCCAGCAUUAAACCUAAGGUAGGGUUUUGCCUCAAGAAUAAGUCCAAUACCAAAACACAUGUUGCCUAAUACUUAUGCCUCUGUAAAGCACAACUCCUUUCUGCUUUGAAAUAAUCAGGUUUCUAAAAUUCUAACUAGCCAGUGAAAAUCUUUUGUUGGACGUUCUAUAGAACAUGAUAGUUCUUACCAAAAAAUGCUAGCUCUUUGUCUGUUAAAAUGAUGAUUGUUAAGGUGUUGAAUGUUGCAUGUAUUGUAGCACAAUGGCAUGAUGCUUCAUUAUUUGUGAAGAAAAACUACAGCUAGAUUAAUUACCUUACCGUGUUGUGUGCUUUAACAGACGGGUUUUAUCAUGCUUUUCAUCAUAGUUCUUGUUACAAGCAUUGGGAAGGAGCUGUUCUAGACAAGUUGCUUAUUACAGUCUAAACAAUGUUAGAUUUAUGGCAAUUUCAGUACAUCUGAUGUAUUGUUACAGAAGUUGGGAAGGCAACAGAGAUGUUAUCAAGAUUUUUAAUGUGGGCUUCUACAAGUUGCUGGGAGGGAUUUGAGACUUUUUCUGAUGUUUAGCAGUAUAACCGUAUACACUGUUACCAAUCUGUUUUUUUAAAGGAUGGACAGCCUAGGUUUAUAUUUAUUUAUAACUACAAUAAAUUCAAUAGAACCAAUUACAUUA